AGAAUGGUCACCACCACAAGCAAGAGAGUUACCUUCCAAGGAAAGGUUAAGGAAAGCAGACUCUGGGUUAGAGGACGUGUCUUGGGUUACAAGAGAUCAAAGGUUAGACAAUACGAAAACACCUCCCUCCUCCAACUCGAAGGUGUCUCCACCAAGGAAGCUGCUCAAUUCUACAUUGGUAAGAGAGUUGCUUAUCUCUACAAGGGUGAAAAGUCAUUGACCUCUGGUUCAAACACAUUCAAGGGUUUGAGAGUUGUCUGGGGUAAGAUUACUAGAGCUCACGGUAACUCUGGUGUUGUUAGAGCUAAAUUCGCUCCUCAAUUGCCAACUACUGCUCUUGCUCAACCAGUUAGAGUUUUCCUUUUCCCAUCAAACAUCUAAACCUAAUAAAAUAUAAAUUUAU